AUCUCUUUCUCUCUCAAGGAGCUUUCUACAGAGAACCUCUAGGCAGGUACCACACGAGAGCUACCCAACAGCAUGGAUGUCUUUAAGAAAGGGUUUUCCAUUGCAAAAGAGGGUGUAGUGGCAGCAGCCGAAAAGACCAAGCAGGGAGUGACUGAAGCUGCAGAGAAGACCAAAGAAGGGGUGAUGUAUGUAGGGACCAAAACCAAAGAGGGUGUAGUGCACGGUGUCACUUCAGUUGCUGAGAAGACCAAAGAACAGGCCAGCAUGGUGGGUGAAUCUGUAGUGGCCAGUGUGAACACUGUGGCAAAGCAAACUGUAGAAGGAGCAGAGACCAUUGUUACCAGCACUGGAGUUGUAAAAAAGGAGGAUGUACAGAAACCAAUGCAGCCUGAAGAGCUACCUGCUAGCACUGCUGAAAAAGAGGCCCCAGUGGAAGCUACAGAAAUCAGUGCAGAGGGUGAAAAUGAAGGAAAUUAACCCUCCUCGGGUCUUCUAGCAUGAAAAAUGAGAAUUCCAGGAGUAAAUACAGAAAUGUUAGCUGACACCAGAGCAGGGAAAACACCCAUCCCCUAGGCUCACUUCAUGCAGUACUACAGCCUUUCACUUGCCUCACACCAACAUAUCAUAGAUGUCUGGCAGGCUCUUGAGCAUCCGUUUUAGGGCAACCAUGUGCCUGUUCCUUCUCAUCUCCUUUGUGGCUUCCUUCCUUACCCACCUUCAGGCCUUCCGAGUGUGUGGUUUGGUAGCUGUGAUUUAGCGCAGUCGUGGUUGGA